ACAAUAUUGCAAUGGUAAUCACUCAUUUUAAUGUUACAUCGAUUUGUGACCGACCUGCGUCCUUUUUAACGAAAAUUCAAGUUCUCUGAAUACAUUCAAUUGAACACGUCGAUGAUGUCAAAAAUAAUGUGGAUGAGCUCCCAAUUACUACUUAAAAGAAAUCUGAAUGUAUUCUAUCAAUCUAAAUAUGUUCCAGUUUCAGUUGUUAGUUUAACUUUGUCAAGGAUAUACUGUUCCAAAGCAAUGAAAGAAAUUUCCCCUGUUACCUCAAUUGAGAAGAAUUUCAAAGAUAAGGAGUUUGUUGUUGAACUAAAUAGGAAUACAUCUAAAAAAGAAUCAUCAAGCAAUAAAAAGUAUGUCUUCGCCAUCCUCGGAAUAUUAUUAACUCUAGGAGGUACCUAUAUUGUUAUCGAAUUUGGCAAACCUGAUGAUGCUUCAGGUAUUUCAUUGUGGAAACGAUACUUGAUGAAAUUAUGGCAGCAGAUUGAAGAUUUUACAGUUUUUAUCCAGGAACCGUCUAGGGAAAAGCUUCUACCUGAUCCUUUAAUGUACCCAUAUUAUCAGCCCCCUUAUACUCUAGUUCUGGAGUUCACAGAUGUUCUAGUCCAUCCGGACUGGACUUAUAAGACAGGCUGGAGAUUCAAAAAACGACCGGGCUUAGAUUAUCUGCUCGAGAACCUCGUUGGAUUUUAUGAAAUUGUAGUUUUUACAGCAGAACCAGGUAUGACAAUUUUUCCCGUCAUUGAGGCUUUGGAUCCAAAGAAUCUAAUUUCCUACAAGUUGGUCAGAGACUCGACACAUUUUAUUGAUGGACAUCAUGUUAAGAAUCUUGACAAACUGAACAGGGACUUGAAGAAAGUUAUCGUUAUCGAUUGGAACUCGCAAUCUGUUCAAUUUCAUCCCGAUAAUCAUUUGAAUAUUCCACGAUGGAGAGGCGAAAAUGAGGACGAGGCUUUAAUAGAUUUAACUUCUUUUCUCAAAACAAUAGCACUCACUGAAAUUGACGAUGUGAGAGAUGUUCUAAGGUUUUAUAAACAAUACGAUGAACCAUUGAAGGAAUUUCGAAACAAACAAAAGGAGUAUUUCGACAAGAAAGAUCAGUUACCUGAAAAACCAAGACAAUCUAUCAAAACUGUAUUUGAUUACAUUAUGUAAAUAAGGUUUGAAUGAAUGAUAAAGUUAUGGUGUUGUGAAUUUGU